AUGGCUGCACCCAAAUCACCCAAACUUGAGAAAUAUAUAAGGCGAACAGGAAUAAACCCAUAUGAUAUUGAGCAGGAAAUUCGAUUCCCAUAUUAUAUUCAUUUCAUUAAUGAGGAAAAAUCAGUUAUCAAGUACGACUUCGGAACAGUUCAGACUAGAUUGGAUAUGAUCAUUACUGAGAGGACAGGUAUAUAUUCAAAAUCAGGAGAUGACUACAUUAUCAAGGAUAUUCACGGGAAUGUCAAGUUAGUAUUUAACAAACAUUAUGCUGGCGAAAUUGGAUUGGCAGAAGUAAUUGAAGACUACCGCAUGAAAGCAAUCGAAGCUGGCAUAAACACAGAUAUGGUUCCAAAUUCAAGAUACUUGACAAAGGAAAUAUCCAACAGAGAUAUUGAGAAGUACAAGAAGAAGUAUCGCAGGUACUUGGAUAAGAAAUUUAAUAUACUACUUGAGUAA